CCUCCAACGCACGCUUGUUGCGCGUUAUCCCAACAAGCUAGAUUGUUCUCCCCCAUUUUCCUUUCUGGUCAUUUGAGGUGAGACGCGUAGCAAUGGAUGAUUCUACAGCCUACGACUCUCCGGGCAACGCGACAUCGCCAGACCCCAACCCUGCGCUUGCACAGCUGCCAUCGCAAUCCAAUGCCAAAGGCUUGGAUUCUCAAGAUGUGCAGAUGUCUGAAGAAUCUUCAAGCGCAGAACAUGUUCCACAGAGCGGUGGGAGUCCUGCGGCCAGUGCGGCGGUAGACAACUCAGGCGAAGUCCCGAGUGAUACUCCAGCGCCAAACGCCACUCGCCUCGAUGAAGAGAUGGGCGACGUAUCUGAGGAUGCAAAAGGACUGCCCGCCGGCUCGAGUGGCGCCCCUGUAACAUCGGGUACUGGAAUAGAAACCAAAUCGAAGGAAGCGUUUGAAUCCGCUGCUAGAGACCAUCUCAUCUCUCAAACGCAUGCCAUUGUUCUGCCAAGUUAUAGCACCUGGUUUGACAUGAACAGCAUUCACGAAAUUGAGCGCAAAGCGAUGGCCGAGUUUUUCAAUAAUCGGAAUCGGAGUAAAACGCCAGCAGUGUAUAAAGACUAUCGCGACUUCAUGAUCAAUACGUACCGACUUAAUCCGGUUGAAUAUCUAACAAUGACGGCGUGUCGUCGCAACCUAGCUGGAGAUGUUUGUGCCAUAAUGCGCGUUCAUGCCUUUCUCGAACAAUGGGGCUUGAUCAAUUACCAGGUUGAUGCUGACCAGCGACCAUCGCACGUUGGGCCGCCGUUCACAGGCCACUUCAAAAUUAUAUGCGACACGCCGCGAGGACUUCAGCCUUGGCAACCUGCCGCAGACCCUGUUGUUCUAGAGGGCAAAAAGAAUCGUGACACCGAAGACAAGGCCAAUUCAUCGGCUCCUAACAAAGGCGACUUAAACUUGGGAAUUGGCCGUAAUAUUUAUGAAGCCAGUGCCAAGGGAACUUCGAUUACAAAAUCAGAAAGCCAAAAGAACGGCGAUGACAUUUCUACCGAGGAGAGUGCAAAGGCUCCCGUGGCCAAGGUCAACUGCCACCAAUGUGGAAACGACUGCACUAGGAUAUACUAUCACAGCUCCCAAUCGGAUUCAAGAGCGAAAGCUAAAUUCGAUUUAUGCCCAAAUUGCUUCACCGAGGGACGAUUGCCUGCGAGCCACACUUCUAGCAUGUAUUCUAAAGUGGAAAACCCAACGUAUACAUCCAUCCUGGAUCGGGAUGCACCAUGGACCGAUGCGGAAAUCCUGCGACUUUUGGAAGGUUUAGAGCGAUUCGACGACGAUUGGGGAGAGAUUGCAGACCAUGUUGGUACUCGCACCAGAGAAGAAUGCGUCCUUCAGUUCCUUCAAUUGGACAUUGAAGAGAAGUACCUCGAUUCCGAGGCACCCACAAAUCCACCUACAGGUUUAUCUAUGCUGGGAAGUCAACACGGCCACCUCCCUUUCAACCAGGUGGACAACCCUGUUAUGUCUGUCGUGGGUUUUUUGGCAAGCUUAGCAGACCCAGCUAGCACUGCGGCGGCGGCAAAUAAAUCAGCGGACGAGCUCAAGCGUAACCUGCGAAAACAGCUUGAUAGGACAAACCAGACAGACAAUGCCGAAGCAGCAGACAAGAAAGAUACUGAAGUGGAUAAGGCAGAGUCAAUGGAUGUCGAUUUCCGGCAGACAGUUGUGACCACGACUACUACUACAUCAACAACAACAAAGACAUCCCUUGCAUCGAUUCCGUUGGCCUCUAUUGGCGCUCGUGGAGCCGUAUUUGCGUCUCAUGAAGAACGAGAGAUGACGCGAUUGGUUUCAGCGGCUGCCAACGUAAUGCUCCAGAAACUGGAGCUAAAGCUCAAAUACUUUGACGAGAUGGAGGAGCUAUUACGUGAGGAACGCAGAGAAUUGGAACGUGGCCGGCAACAGUUAUUUUUGGACAGGCUCGCCUUCAAAAGACAAGUACAGACUGUCCAAGACGCAUUAAAUGCGGCGGCUGAAGUAGGUGGAGUGCAAGGGUCUCGGAUGGCACAGGAUAUUGCAAUGGAUGGCGAGAAAUUGGGGUUUCAGACCGUACUAGAGGGCCAAUCAAUGCUACCACCCACCGGCAACGGCCAGGUUAAGACAUUUGAAGCAUAAAAGGCUUAUUAAAGCCAACUUGAUCAGUCGAGCAAUCAGGGCGCGGGUCAACAUCUGGAAAGUCUCGGAGUUGGAGGGGUUGGAAAGUAAGCAAUUACUAGGCACUUGCUAACUUUAUAAUGUAUGGUCUGAGGAGUUUGGGAUAUUAUGCUGCGAAAGAGGAUGAAUCUCUUAACUUUUUUCCUGGACGAGUGUACCAGUAUUAGUACCAGUAUGGAAGGAUAGUAUGUAGUACAAUGAUUUAUCUAUUCAACAUGCC